AUGCGGCUCCUGGCGCUGGCCGCGGCCGUGUUGCUGGCGCGGGCUCCGGCCCCGGAGGUGUGUGAGGCCCUCAAUGUCACCGUAUCCCCGGGACCUGUGGUUGACUACCUGGAGGGGGAAAAUGCCACUCUUCUCUGCCACGUCUCCCAGAAGAGACGGAAGGACAGCUUGUUGGCCGUGCGCUGGUUCUUUGCAGGCCCCAACUCCCAGGAGGCCUUGAUGGUUAAGAUGACGAAGCUCGGGGUGGUGCAGUACUACGGGAAUUAUAGCCGCAGUGCCUUCCGGCAGAGGCUGUGCCUCCUCGAGGAGAGACGUGGCGCACUCUACACACUCUCUGUUUUGACCCUUCGGCCAGCGGAUCAAGGGCAUUACGUAUGCAAAGUCCAGGAGAUCAGCAAGCACAGGAAUAAGUGGACUGCCUGGUCCAAUGGCUCCUCAACGAUGGAGAUGAGAGUGAUUUCCCUCAAACCUUCUGAAGAUUCAUCCUUUGAGAAAAAGAAAGAGACCUGGGCAUUUUUUGAAGAUGUCUACAUCUACGCUGUGCUUGUGUGCUGCGUGGGGAUUCUCAGUGUCCUACUCUUCACCCUGACCAUCAUCUGGCAGUCUGUGUUUAGCAAGAGGAAAUCUAGAGUGAGACAUUAUUUGGUGAAAUGUCCUCAGAACAGCUCAGGGGAGACUGUUACCAGCGUGACCAGCUUGGCCCCAUUGCAACCCAAGAAAGGCAAGAGGCGGAAGGAGAAGGCUGACGUGCCUCCUGCAGUCCCUGCCAAAGCCCCCAUAGCCGCCACGUUCCAUAAACCGAAGCUGCUGAAACCACAAAGGAAAGUCGCCCUGCCAAAGAUUGCUGAGGAGAACCUGACCUACGCCGAGCUGGAGCUGGUCAAACCCCACCGGGCCGCCAAAGGCCUCCCCACCAGCACUGUCUAUGCCCAGAUCCUCUUUGAGGAGAACAAGUUGUAACUUGGUGGCCUCUUCCGUGGUCCUAUUUAAUGCCUGCCAUCCCAGUUAUUUAUGAUACUUUGGAAACAAAGUCCUUAUUUUUGUAUUUUCCCUCAUGCCUUCUGCGUGGUGGCGAGCCCCUUUCCAACAGCGUUCCGGGUGCCUUUGAGGAGAAGUAUGAGGCACAGGUACGAGGCUCCUCUCCACAAAAGAUUAGGGGCCAGAGACCUCGGAUGAGUCUCCCCGGACAAGAUAUUCUGGGUCUGAGCCCUGAGAAGUGUGGACUCUGAUUCUGAGAGUACCCAAGGAGAUUUUUCUGCUGAGCCACAGUCCUUCAUAUUUUCUUCUUCUUUCUUUGGGUUUUAAUCUUUGAAAAAAAAAUCUUAUUUUAAUCUUCUGUUCUUCCUGUAUUUGUGAUAUCAAGCUCAUAGCAUAUAGCUAGAAGAAAUACCAUUAUAGGCCAACAUGUGUGAGAUGGCAGAUAUGUACUAAAUGGUUUUCAAAAAGUCAGAGAAUGUUUCUAGGGCACCUAGAGCAGAGUGGACUGCUCAUUGCAAAUGGUCACUCAAGAUAGCAUCUCUUGUUUUAAAUAGGUGCACUUGACCCUGGUGAUUUAAGGGUGGCAGAGUGUGGGGCACUUUGAUGUCUAAGCUAACAGUCAACUGUCUGUAAAUACCCCAGUGCCCAUCUCCCCGCCUGUGAUCACCCAAGGCUGUAGGACAAGUAGAAGGCACCAUUCUAAAGGACUCCCACCCCUUCAUCACGGUGCACCUACAUUGGCAUAGAAACUUACCUCCUCCAAGAAGUUCUGCUCUUUUCCCAAGAAGGGAUUUAUCCAUCCAUUGACACACUGGAGGAAAUGAGCCAUUCGGAGCUGUGUCGAGGUUCCCAGCUCUCACUGAAUGUCCUCUCAUGUGUGAGCAAAGUUUUGUGCCUGGUUUCCCUCGAGGAGGAGACUAGGAAGUGCAAGCCGAGUCGGGAAAAUGUGUUUUAAAGACCCUCCUGUCGCAACGCGCCUCGUCUACUCAGCCUCGCAUGUGAUUUCUGAUGUGUCUGGGCUGGGGUCAGGCAGGGAUGCAGGGCAUAUGCAUCUGUGUGGAAGUUGCUCUGCGGGACUGGUACAACAUCAAGGGACUCACUGGAGACGGAGACAUUCUAGAAGAGAGUGUGUCUAGAAGAAAUGGUUCUCAUGUGGAUGCACUCUGGGUGGCUAUUCACUGCACACUGCAGAAAUUGUUUGGCUUUGUAAUGGAUGGUGUAUAUAUGGUAAAUUAUAUAUUCUACACAUAA